AUGUCAGCAGACUUCUGGGCCGGCUAUAUCAGCGGCGCCAUUGGUAUUAUUAUUGGAAAUCCUCUAGAUCUCAUCAAGGUUCGACUGCAAGCAAGUGGCCCUGCAGAGACGUCUGUAUCACAUCGGCAAUUAGCCCGCUUCGACAACGCUACUUCUCUUGUGCGAGGUGCUGCAGCGCCUAUUCUGGGAUAUGGCGCUCUCAAUGCCCUGUUAUUUGUCUCUUAUAAUCGGUCAUUGAUGCUAUUGGAUAGCUCUGUCACUGAUCCUACAAACCCUCAAAAUAGCGCUCUAUAUAAGCUCUGGCUUGCUGGUGCCCUCGGUGGGAUUGCCAGCUGGACUGUUUCUUCGCCUACAGAAUUUAUCAAAUGCCGAGCACAACUUGAUUCUCGUCCAAGAGUCUCGUCUUGGACGGUCGCGAAGGAUAUCGUUCAGAAUCACGGCUGGAGAGGGCUAUACUUCGCCGGUGGUGUUACAUGCGCGAGAGACUCUAUAGGUUACGGAUUUUACUUCUGGUCCUACGAGUACUGCAAGACGCUCAUGUCCUCCAAUGAAGAGGAAACUGCGGGUUCCGCCGCCCUGAAGGUCCUUCUCUGUGGGGGUAUUGCUGGAAUCGUUACAUGGGCGUCUGUUUUCCCUCUUGACAUGAUAAAGACGCGGCUUCAGGCGAGUACAAUUGAAACUCCUGCUGAAGCCCGCCCAUUACUACAAUCUUCUACCGGGUCCCAACGCCAAGGUGCCUUUGCAAUGGCGAGGCACGUCUAUCAAACGGAGGGUCUCAAACCUUUCUACCGCGGCUUGGGUGUAUGCAGCUUAAGGGCUUUCAUUGUAAAUGCUGCCCAGUGGGCCACAUAUGAAUGGCUCAUGAAGUAUUUUCAGGGUCAUCUGCUGAGCCAGUCGCUACAAGACAUUGCAUAA